AUGCCCAUUGGACGAACUCCGGGUCAACCUGAUCCCACAGCAGCGAAACCUACACAAGGUUACGCCUGGGCUUUUCCAGACACCGUGCCGGAAGAGCAACGAGGCUCAGAGAGUGAUGAGUCCAGCUUGAACGACAGAGUUUCGCGGACCAAUAGCUUCGCUACUUCGGUGCGCAGUAGUAUUUUCUCGAACGAUUCGCAAUUGCCCACGGGACAGAGGCGGUUCGAUGAUGAACAUGCGACGACACAUCACCACACAAUGCAGCACCGAGCGGUACAGAAUCUGCAGAACGAGAACCUGCAAGGCUCAGCUGUUGGCAACUACAGUCGGACGCCAGAGCUUCGCGUCAGCCACAAGCUUGCAGAGCGGAAGCGUCGAAGUGAAAUGAAAGACCUGUUUGAAGAUCUGAACAAGGCUGUUCCGUCGAAUGGUGGCACCAAAGCGAGCAAAUGGGAGAUCUUGACGAAGGCCAUCGACUACAUCCGCAGCUCUCAGCAGCUCGAGCACCGCCUUCAGCAAGAAGUCAGUCGCCUGCAACGCGAGAUCGACUACAACCACGAAGCCCAGAAGGAAAACGAUAUGCUGAAAACGGAGGUGCAAGUCAUGCACCAGCAUCUCCGGCGCUUAGACCCCAACAACACUCACGUCUACGGUCAGUUCACAAAUCAGCUCAACCAGGCCCAGGCGCAACAGUCGUCUCAGCAAAACGGCGCUUCUGGCAUCUCGCUGCCUCCAAUCAAUCCUCCCGGCCCUGCGAAUGGGCCACAUCCUCCGUAUGGAACUUCCGGGCAUGGAGCGAUGCAGGGAGUCGAGUACGGUUACGGCACGAGAUGA